GUCGUAGUCGGUUCAACACCCUCGACAGCUCCCUAAUGCCUGGCAGCCAGGAUUAUUCUCUAGAGGACAAGGAGAAAAAUGUCACCCCUUCAGAGCCAGAUGUUUACGAGGUUGAAGCCGCUGAGGGUACACCCGACCGCGUCAUCGCAAAGCGUUAUGGUGCUUUAGGUCCUUUGCUAUCGAAGCUUUUUGCCAGUGGAGUCGAAGCUAGAGGUGUCGAGCGAGUACCAGAGGAUCAGCGGGAGGUUAAGAACAUAUGGAAUAAUCUGCUCAUGUGGUGGUCCGUAAAUAUGGUUCUAACAACGAUUCCUGUCGGCGUUCUAGGUCAAGCUGCAUUUUCCUUGACCUUACCCCAUGCCAUCGCGACGAUAUUCUGUUUCGGCGCUUUGGGCGGUGUCGCAACUGCUUUUAUCGCGACCUUGGGACCAAUCACCGGCCUCCGUACCAUGAUCAUCACGCGUUUUAGUUCUGGCUACGUGGGCGGCACCAUCUACUCUAUUCUCAAUAUCCUUACGCAGCUUGGUUUUUCAGUGACAGCCGUCAUCCUAGGUGGCCAGACCCUCGCCAACAUUAAUCCAGGCACCCUCCCUCUCGUCGUGGGCAUCAUCAUUAUCGGUGUCUGCUGUUUGAUUCCUUGCUUCAUCGGGUACAACGUCGUACAUAUUUACGAGCGUUACGCUUGGAUGGUGACAUUGCUUAUCAUGCUUUUCCUAUGGGGCCUUGGCGGAAAAGCUGGUUUCGAUAUCAACGCACAAAAACCACUGGAGGACACAGGUCGGGCGUUAUCUGCAGACGUCAUGAGCUUCGGCGGAAUUGUUUUUGGCUCAUUUACUGGUUGGGCCCCCGUGGCCGCAGACUACAAUUGCCGUCUUCCUGCUAACACACCUCCCAUGAGGGUCUUUGUACUGACAUUCUUUGGGUUGUGGCUUCCGAUCAGCUUUGUUGUCACCCUCGGUGCGGCCCUUAUGACUAUUACAGACCCGGUAUACGUCCAAGCCUAUGCCGAUGGAAGUACCGGAGGUCUCAUUGGCCAGGUCCUAUCGCCGUGGGGCCGUGGGGGACGGUUUAUUCUCUUCCUGCUUGCCUUCUCUGUAAUCGGGAAUAAUAUUCCAAACACUUAUUCAGCGGGACUCUCAAUGCAAGCACUUGGCCGUCCCUUUGCGCUCAUUCCCCGUUUUUUCUGGACAUUCCUUGCUUUCGUUAUCUAUACUGUCGCAGGUGUUGCAGGCCGUGACCAUUUCUCGGCGAUUUUGUCGAAUUUCUUGAGUAUUCUCAGCUACUGGACGGCAUUCUUUAUCGUCAUCGUUGCUGAAGAGCAUUUCAUUUUCCGGCGGAAAAAUGGUCCGUUGGGAGGGUAUAACUUGGAUGAUUAUGAUUCGCCUUCUCGUCUUCCUUUGGGUGUCGCAGGUAUCUUGGCAGGCUGCUUUGGCGUGGCUGGCGCUGUUGUUGGGAUGUCAGAAGCUUGGUAUACUGGACCUCUGGGGAAAAUGGCAGGUGGCGCUAUAUACGGCGCUGACUUGGGUUUCGAGCUGGCAGCGGGGUUUGCAGCUGUGACAUAUCCUCCUUUACGAUGGUUGGAGAUCCGGCUCACUGGUAGAUAGACUGUAUUUUGUUUGAACUUGGCGGUAUAGUUCACUAUAUUUGUUACUGUGGGUCAUACUGUACAAUUGCUAUAAUUUAUUCUGUUUCGGCAUCAACAUGGCCACUUUGAGCAAGUUUAUGAAUCAUAAGAAAUGUCAAGUCCUAAUUGCUAUUGUAAAACUGACGUCCGGCUAAUCCAGUAUCCAUCUUCGAUUCAAUAGACCUAUU